AUGGGGGACCUGGCUAAGGAGAUUCGAGUAUUGGUAGACAAGUACGUUACGAGUGCCGGUGACCAGUUGCUCUGUAAGCGCUGGCAACGGCUACGAGUAGCCCAAGGACACGAAGUGGGGCGCGGAGAGCAGCAGAGCGUGCUGAACGUGUGGCCAAGUGUGGGCUUUGAACAAAUGUCGGCGACCGGCGACAUGCGUAGGCCUCAGGGUGACGCAGGGCAGGUACGGACUCGCCAAGCCGGAAGCAAGCGACAACGACGAUCCGUGAGCAGGAGCAAGCGGAGACAGAACAAGUCGGCCAGGGUCGGUCACUCCUGCGCCGUUGAACGCCAAGCUCCUGCAGGGAAAUGGUUUAUCAGCUGA